AUGGCGAGAGAGAGAGAGAUGCAGCAGCCGACCGUGUCAUACACAGGUCACCCUCACCUACUUGCUGUCCUCGACAAUGCGCCCCGCCACGCUCCUCCCUGCAACGAGUGUGGUCGUCCCUGCGACUCGCCGCCGGUCUUUCGCUGUGCCCACUGCGACUUCAACCUCCAUCUCCUUUGCGGCCCCUUGCCAGCAUUAAUCAAGCUGCCCGGAUUUCUUGAUGAAUCCCUCACCCUCGCCGAUUCAUACGCCGAGGACGACUCGGGCGAGUACUACUGCGACUUCUGCGAGGAAGAAAGAGAUCCGAGGGAGUGCGUUUACCACUUCGGAGAUUACUAUUUCGUGCACUUUGAAUGCGCGAAGCCCGAGGUGUUGCGCUCACUUAAGGGAGAGAGAGAGGAUGUGGAGUUGAGGACCUUGGGCAAACUUAUUCCCGGCCAGGUCGUUAAUAAAGGGUCGAACUCUCAAACCACUGCUCGGGGGGAAAAGCAGAUCACGGAAUCUACUCUGACUUUGAAGGACAUAUACGAUUCCUUGACUGAGGAAGAGUUGAUGGAAUUCAAGAAUCUGUCAAUACCUUCUGCAGAUAUUUCAUCAGACUAUGCAACAAGUUUCCCCUACUCAGGUGACGCAUUCAAACGGCUCUUAGAGAGCCUUGACGCUAUUACAGUACCGUGGGAAAAAUUGAUCAAGUUCUAUAAAUUGGACACCAAGGUUGUCGAUGUCGGAGAGCACCAGAUCACUUGGGAUUUUGCCAACAUCAUGAACACAGUGUUGCGGAAACAUAAGGAUUUGAUUGCUGAAUCCAGAUUGAGUCCUAAAGUGAAGACGUUCGUGUUCGUUUUGUUGUGUGAUGUUGUGUACAGCAUGUCCAGGACUAAAAUCGAGGACGUCACCGAACAGAUGCUUAUGAACUGGUGGGGCCGCUUGAAGGUUGUGCAGCGUGCCAAUUUCCGUGUGGAACUUGUUAGGGAUCAACUAACCAGAGUAGUGGGUGCCUACUUUGGUCUUGCAGCGAAUAAAUUCAAUGAACGCGCCACGGCUGAUUUGGAUGAACAGAUUGACAAACUCUCAAAGGAGCUGGAGCAACUCAGGGAGAGCCGGGAGCAACAUCAGAAAUUAGUGGAAUCCGCAUCGACAAUCAUAACAAAGUGCUUAGAUGAUGCUUCAGCUCUAUCGUACAAAACAGUUGGCGCUGAUCUUUUAAUGAACUUGGAAUUAUAAUUGGCGACUCUAUGUAUCCUUUGUAACUUCUGGUAUUCCCGGUUACCACUUUAAAUAUCGUGAAUUUAGAUUUAUCGAUAAGCUCGAAAGCAUGUUUCUUGAACAUGUUCUCCGGUUCAUGUUGCACUUUUGUUACAGCAGUACAGUAUCUGAUCUUAUCUUUAUAUAAA